AUGAAAGUCAAGGAAAGCAUUGUGAAUGUUGGAAGACUGGUGAGCAAAUGUCCUAUGGAGGAGACCAGUGGUUCAGACUCUGGGGAUGAAUUCCUGAGGGAAGAGCUUGGAGCUCUUGUAGAUGUGUUGGUUGAUCGUGCUGAGGCUGAUGCAGUCACAUUGGCUGCCUGGGAGAGCACAAGGUCUGAUGCUGGAUCUCCAAUGGCAAAACCAAUCACCAUGCUGGAUCAUGUAUGGGCAUAUGUUGAUACUGAAGAUGAGACCCUUAAGUUCUUGAACUUAUUGUCAGUUGCCUCACCUAUGAACAGAGUUGAUGUAGUGCCCAAGAUCCAUCCUCCAGGUGUCCUUGGUGCAGAGGGGUGA